UAGCCUUCGCUACGCCAAUGCCAAUAAUGGAUCAUGGAACUGGAAUCUUCCUGUUAAAAUGGUUUAUACCGAGAAUUUCAUGUUGUUUGGGGCCGUGAAAUACGUCGUGAAAUCAAAAUUAUAUUUUCCUGUAUAUUUCACUGUGGAAUUCACUGCAGCAGCAAGUUGCGAUCAAAUCUUUAGAAAUAUCUGAAUGUUCAAAACAUAGUAAAACUACUCGAACCAAACGAUGAAGUCUUUUUAUUCAGCAUGAGGAUUUCAAAUCUGAAGUCGAUUUUUAUAGUAAUCUUUACUUUAGACAGAGAGAAACAAAUUCGGUGACGUCAACUUGGAACCAUGAAAAUCAAUCAUAAAUCGUGGUUCAAUGGGAGGAGAGUGGGGAGUGACUACAGUGAUCUGGCCUCGAUUUCAGGCAGGGGCUGGUUGGCGCGGAAAGAAAUGAGACGAAGAGUUGGAGUUAGUGCUCCAGGGAAAGUCAUCCUUCACGGAGAACAUGCAGUUGUUUAUGGCAAGGAAGCAAUUGCAUGCUCAAUUGAAAAGCGAGUUACAUGUUUGCUAGAAGUUUCGGAUUCUUCAAAUUUGAUCACAAUCAGAGCAACAUCUGACAACAAAACAAAUGAAAAGAGUUUUGAACUAUCAGCUUUCUUAAAAUGGCAAGCUUUUGUAGAUGAUGUAUCUAAACCAAGAUCUUUUGAUGAAGAGCAGUUAAAGGAUCUCCAGAAGUUGAUUGGAGCAGAAGAUGAUGCAAGUGUGGAGGCAAAGUUGUAUCUUGUGUGCAUGUUUUAUUAUCUUGCCAUUUGCUCAAAGUUCCUGAAAGGCAGUGGAAAUGGUUUGGUGAUCAAUAUAAGCUCAGAACUACCCCUUGGUGCAGGAUUGGGCUCUUCUGCCAGUGUCUGUGUUUCACUCUCUUGUGCAUUCUUGGCUCUUUGCUGCGUCAUAUCCACAGACAGUCAUCAACAAAAGGACAUCUCUCAAAGUGAUUUGCAACUGGUUAAUUCAUGGGCAUUUGAGGGUGAAAAAAUCCUGCAUGGCACCCCAUCUGGGAUUGAUAAUUCUGUUGUUACAUUUGGAGGCUUAGUUUCCUUUAAGAAAGGCGUGAUAACGAAUCUACCGUGGUCACCGCAUUUGGAGAUUCUGUUAGUCUACUCUAAGGUGCCAAGGAGUACGAAGGAUUUGGUGAAGGGUGUCAGAGAUCGUCGUGAAAAGAUGCCUCGAGUAUACGAUGCCUUGUUUGAUGCCAUCGAAUGCUUGGUUCAAGAAUCAAAGUCUAAUUUGUUGGCGCUUGAGGAUGCAAUGCAAUCCGAAAAGAACUACGAGAAAUGCAUUCAAAUAAUGGAUCGAAUUUCGGACAUGGUCGACAUAAACCAAAACAUUCUUCGUUCUAUCGGCGUUAGCCAUGAUUCGAUUGAAUCAAUUCUGAUGAUUUUGCGCCGUUUUGGCCUAAAGGGAAAACUAACUGGAGCAGGUGGAGGAGGGUGUGUUUUCGCACUGGUCAAACCAGGUCAGCCUGAGAUGGAGAAUGAAGCCACGAAAGAACUUGCAAAAUCCGGCUAUAGUUGUUGGAGGGUACGAAUUGGCGGGAGUGGUGUAAAAUUUAUCGAACCUUUAAACAUUUGCGCGAACAAGCCCAAUGAAUAAGAAGUCAGCUAUUUAUUUCUGUGAAGUUAAAAUGCGAGUGAGCGAAUCUGUAGUUCGCUUGUAUCUUCUUCCAAAUCAGCGUUUUGGGAAUGAGAUGGCUCUCAGAUACGUCCUUUUGAAGCUUAUAUUAUGACAUGCAGCGAAAUAAGGCGUUGUAAAUAUUCGUAAAAAUCUGACGUUAACAUCAAGUAAAGUCCACUUUCUGGUUUACUUUCUAUAUGCUGCCUCGAUUGAUUAAAAAUCAAAACAUGACAAAAAUAUUUUCGAUGCUUUUUAAGUAGCUUUACUCUCAUUAUUGCAUAUUCAGUGUGAAUGACUUUUUUAAAAUGAUGUGAGACGAGGACGAGCAUAAGUUGGGUACUUCUUUAGGCCAACUUCUUUUGGUUUAUUUCUUUUUGCCUACUUCUUUUGGCCUACUUCUGCAGAGCCUAGAAAGCUGAUCGUUACUCGCUCAACGACCUUGAAGAAAACCAUGUUAGUAAAAUAUCUUCAUAUUUGCUUGAAAUUCCUUCCAAAAUGACGAAAUAUCCUUCCUAUUUCCCUUUUACUUAAUUUAUAUGCAUUAAUGACCUUCGUCCGUUAUAUUCGAAUUUUUCCUGGCGUUGCCUUAAACACACGAGCGAGAUUAGGGGAGAUUGUAAAUUGGCCGAAAUUUGGCAAAA